GAACGGAGUGUGGGGGAAUUGGGAUGGUUAUUCGAAGGAAACGAAGAUAAAGGUAACCUCUUUAAAACGUAAAAAGAUUUCGCAAGUUUUUUGAGAAUUAUUAUUCGCCAACAAUAAUCGCUAUCCCGUCAUGAUGUCUUUCAUCAACGAAGGAAACAAGGUCUUCGUUGUGUCAGGAAACGACGUGCCUUCGAAUGACACGGCAGAUUUUAUUGCUAUGAUCAAACAGCGGAUUGGAAAUUCCGGUAAAUUGCAAAUUGCGAUUUUAUCUGACGUAAAGAAGGAAAGUCACAAUGCAUCUACCUUUGAUGUCAUCAUUGCCAUUUUUAAACAACCAUGCAUGGAUGAGGAUUUCUUAACAGAAACAUUGAGAAUAUUAAAACCUGAUGGUUUGCUUGUUAUUUAUGAACCGCUGUCAGCAGAUAGAAAGCCAGAUACAGUACUUACAUAUCCUGAAAGAAUAUCUAAAUUAAAAUUAUCUGGCUUUAAAGUAAAAGAUACAGAACAGAAAAAGUUGAAUACAGAUCCGGAGAGCAAAAAUCUUUUGCUAAAAGUGUAUAAUAAUAUAGAAACAGUUUGUAAAAUAUCUGCGAAUAAACCAGCAUUUGAGGUGGGUUCUAGUAUUCUCAUUUCAUUUGCAAAAAAGCAAACUAAUGUGUGGAAAUUAGAUGACCCAGUAGAGGAAGAUUUAAUAGAUGAAGAUGAACUUUUAGAUGAAUCAGAUCUUGUAAAGCCAGAUGCAUCAUCCUUAAAAGUUUGUGCGACAACAGGUAAGCGGAAAGCGUGCAAAGAUUGUUCAUGUGGACUCGCAGAAGAAUUAAGUGGUAAAGCUGUGCCAGAAGAUACUGUUAAAUCUUCUUGUGGAAAUUGUUACCUAGGAGAUGCAUUCAGAUGUGCCAGUUGUCCUUAUCUUGGAAUGCCUGCCUUUAAACCAGGGGAGAAAGUACUUUUACCCGAAACUCAACUAAUUGUCGAUUCUUAAGCUUGUUAUUUAUUUAUUGAAAUACAAUUGUAAUAAACACGUAUAGUU